UCUGUAUCUGUUCUCUGCUCUCUUCGCUCGCGUGUUCACAGAGAGAGAGACGUCACCCUCUGUAACUCUCUUUCCGGUCACACACGUCCAUUCACGAAUUCGACCUUCGUCGUACACAGAACCACCGAGUGCUUCGUUGAGGCAGGAAGGCUGGUUCGUCGUCCUCCGUCGCGGAGAAGAGCCGUUCCUCGUUCCCAUCAUCUCUCGCGAGAAAAGGGGCGGCGGUUUACGGGCGAAGUUCAUUCUGCGCGCUGGAAACUCGCACGAUCAAUCGUGCGACGUCAAUUGCAUCCCGAGCUCGAUAAAGAGCUGAUCGAUUGAUUCCUCUGACGAUAUUCGAGAAGUAAGUCAAAACUGUUUUUUCGGGGGAAAAGCAGCCCGGCAAGCGAAGAGGCUCCGGGACCAAAGCAACAGGAAGACAUGUGUCCGAUGCCGGAUUCGGGAUCGAAAAUGGCUGAGGAGCCGGAUUACUCGAUAUUCGAGAAUAAAACCGGCCUGGCCGAGGACAUGAAGUUUCUGGCAAGUAUGCCGGAACUUUGUGACGUGACAUUCCUCGUCGGCGCCACCAGAGAGCCCGUUUGCGCCGUAAAAGCUGUACUCGCGGCCAGAAGCAGAAAGUUUCACAGAAUGCUUUAUCAAACCGAAGAGAGUCCGCAGCGCAAGAAAGAUCCGCCGACGCGAGAAAACAAAAUUCGACUGUUUCUCAAGCGCAGUUCCGAGCCGCUGUUGAAUCUGCAGAACACGGCACACCAGCGGUCAGGGUUCACGCAGCAACUGGCACCCAUCCAAGAGCCGCAAACGAACGAGCACCACACGCUGAUCAUCGAGGAAUUCGAGCCCGACGUCUUCCGCCAGUUGAUCGAGUACAUUCACACUGGAUGUGUGACACUGCAGCCUAGGACUUUGCUUGGUGUAAUGGUAGCCGCUGAUCAGUACGGAUUAGCUCAACUUAAGCACGCUUGUAUUGGCUUUAUUCAAUGCUGCGUAACUGUUGAUACGGUCUGCGCUUUGUUAGCAUCGGCGAACCGUUAUAUGCAGUAUAAAUUAACGAAAGUUAUAAGUAAGAAGAUACUGGAAUUCGUCGACGAGCACGGCAACGAGGUGUUGAAUCUGGGAUCUUUCACGUUGCUGCCCCAAGACGUUAUUCUGUUGAUUCUUCGCCGAGACGAACUGCGCGCGGACGAAUUUACCAAGUUUCAAGCUGUACUAAUGUGGAGCAAAAAGCACUGCGAUAACAAUCCUCAUCAAGACCUCAAAGACGUGAUAAGCAUCUUCAUCCAGUACAUCCAGUUCCACAAGAUCCCGGCCACCGUGCUGAUGCAGGAGGUGAAUCCGUUGGGGCUGGUUCCGCCGGAGAUAAUCAUGAACGCGCUAGCUUAUCAGGCAGAUCCAACCAGCGUCGACCCCACAAAACUCUCCCCCCAAGGAAUGAGGAGACGGGGUCGCAGCAUGUCGGUCCAGUCGUCUCUGGAUCCGUACGGCAGCUACACGACCUGGAGCACGUCGAACGAUUCCGACGAAGGGUCGGAUCAGAAGCAACAUUCUGGUAGCAACUAACCUCUGGCCACGGCCGCACCGAUCGCGGCCGUUUCGGACCAGCCUCGGCGAGCCGAGGACAU